ACAGCACAACCCCCGUUACCUGUGAGCGUUUACCUAGGAUAGCAAAAGCAACAACGGUGAGUGCAGCUGCAGGCAGAUGAAUAGGAAGAGGGAGGGGUGAAAGGAGACAGCGACAGCGGGAAAAGGAGGAAGAGGCAACGGUCGAAGGGACACUAGCAAACACACAUAAAACAGAGCGCCAACAGUUGUUUGCAUUCAUUCAAUCGGCAACUUUCCAAGCGAUCGCAUCGCAGCAAGAAGUGAUAGCAAAAGAAGAACAAAGGAUUUCCAGUGGCGAGAUCAAUCUGCAAACUAUCAGAGCAAAGCAAACUAACGUUUAAGGAACACAGAGAACGCCAAGGAUGACGGACGCCAGCAGCCGCUUGAAGAUCCUUUUCCAGGGCGAGACGAACCUCAUCACUUGCGGAUCUUCCAACACCUACGAAGAGGUCAUCUCCCAAGCCCCAUUUUUUCCAGCCAUGUCCCAUUUCGACAUUCCGGAGGCCCAAAGGUGUGCCCUGAUCCUGACCAACGGCAAGGACUACGUGUUCGAGGAGCACUUGCUGGAGUACUUCCUGCUCCUGUUUCCCUGUCCCGAGAUAACCUUCCACCUGAGGUUCGACUGGUCGAAGAUGCGCAGGAGUCUCAGCAAGACCGCGUGCCUCAAGAGAAAGCGCCCAGUGGAACAGGAUCAGGCCGAUGGCCAGAAAGCUGAGGAGCAGGAGAAGGAAGAGCCGGUGCCGGACUACAAGCCGGUGCCCGUGUACCGGAUGAACUGCUUCCUGGGGUCGCUGCCCAGCGGAGGAGGCGCAACUGUGCAUCGCCAGAACUGCUUCCUCAGGGAACAGUCGCAGCAGCUGGAGGAGAUUUCCCUACCACAACUGCGCGAGGAGGAUGCUCAGCAGCAGGAACCGCAGAAGAAGCGACUUCGCUUGGACCUCUGUUCCAAGUCGCGACGCACUGCGUCCGCAUCAGCGAUUUCGAACGCCCUACCUGCCAAGCGCUCUAUUCGCAUUUAAGUCGCUGAUCACCACUUGUACAUAGCUAUAGUACGUAUACGAUGUUCCAUACAAACUUAGUCAUAAGCUAAAAGGUUGAACCACUGUCCCUAAGACUAACUCUACUCCUAUCUCACCAAAAAAACGUCCAAACCAAAUGUUAUAUUAUGUAAAAUAAAUCUUUUUUGUUGAUAUUUUAAGCUACACGAAAGCUACAUAUUUUAGUUCCUAAGCUGCCAGCUUCUAACCGAUUGUAAUUUACUUUUUAUGUUCAAAUUUAAAACACAUUUUUAUAAAAUUCCCCACAAAUAUUUCGCAAUUUUGAAGUUUUAUACGCAUUAUUUUCCGAAACUAAAUCAUGAUAAACCGAACUUAAAUAGUUGCUUAUUAACUUGUAAGACUUUUAGUCCCUAUGAAGUGAUUCAAUUCAAUAAAGUUAAGUUAUUUCUCAGAACUAA